AUGCAGAAACUACUUCUUGAGUGUAUCUAUCCUAUCGGUGUAAUUAGUCUGCUAUGCCCCACAUUUGCUGGUGUAAGUCUGGGCAUGAGCAAAGCAUCAAUUGGUAUCUGUAAUUCAGCUAGUAUUAAGUCAGAUAUAAUACUGACUAUAAUACCAUCUGCAUUUAUUGGUGUGGGUGUGCUUUACUCUGUUUUACUUUUCUUCACCACUGCCCCACAAGGCACUCCAACAGAGUUUUCUAUUCCCAUGAAAUGGCUCGCAGCUUAUAUUGUCACUGGAAUGGGAAUGUUCUGGGGGUCAAUCAGUCUAGGAGAUAUUUCUGCAGUAGCCACUGUUACUGCUGCACAGCAGAAGAGAUUUAAGCCUUCUUUCUUCUUGUUGCUUGUUUUUGGUGAGUUGAUAGGCCUAUUCGGACUAAUAGUUGGAUUUAUACUGAGUGUUAGUAAUAGAGUGUGGGCAUAA